CUCUGUUGUGAAUUACGUAAUUUUCCAGGCGCCAAAAUUUUCGAAGGCCUCAAUGCUCAUCGAGAUGCGAUUUUUCUGUUGUUCGGUGUUUUCUGCUUGAUUUCAUGGCUAGUAUUCUACUUAUACGCCUUAAGGAUCCGCCAUCUUCCUGUAAGUUUUAGUACCCCACUUUCACAGAGGGUUCAAGACUUAAAAUCAAAAAGCCCUCUUAGGAGCUUUUUGCUGUUCUCCAGUGGAUUAAAUCAUUUCCCGUUCAAAGAAUUCUGCAGAAACCUGAACAAGCGGUAUUCUGAUGGUGCUAUGUCCGGACUAUAUGGGGGGUGUGGUAUGACAUCCCACCCAAGCGUUAGCAAUUUUUGA